AUGCAGGACUACCUGGAGAACAGUGGGCAAACGGACUAUGCUGACAAGGAUCAUUUUCUCAAGAAUGACGGCGACGGCGAGUUGAUGGUUAGUGGGUGGAUUGCCGGCGAGGUGCUCGCACAGGCGCUGAGUAACGGUGAAUGGCUGAGUGACCACAAGACUUUUGUUGCGUCCCUCUUCGACCAACGCCGGUAUAUGGUGGGCGACCUUGUGAUUGGGGAUUACGGUGGGGAGUGUAAAGGCGCGGCGGCAUCGCAAGGUGCCACUUGCUACUGCAACGAGGGAGGCCGCACGGUGUACAUGAAGCGUUUCGUGGAGGACUACCGGGCACGGACAGUUAAGGAGGGGCUUAUGACGUUUCGAUUAUCAGAUUGCGAUGCUUUGGACACUUUCAUGCCGCCGGUGUUCAGUGGGAUGGCCUUUCUAAUGACUGAUAACGGCGCUGCACAGCGUGCGUUUGGUGAGAUUAGAUUUGGAUUUAUGUCCGCAUAUAUUCGACCGACAGGGUGGUGGGAACCUGGUGAAAUUUCCAUUUUUCCUCGCGUUAGCACGCUUAAUUCUUCCCGUGACGCCCUGCAGUCGCAGAUGCAAUCACGGCGUGUUCAUGGGGUUUUUGGUGUUGUGACGGAGGCGAUGCUGGACGUGGGUAAUGUGGUCUUCAUUGACCCGCUACUCCUUGAGCCGCGGCUGAACAGGUUCCGCAGGUACGCGAUCCACCUGUCGCCGACGCUGGAGCAGGAAUUCUUCGUGCUUGCGAAGUACCUCGGGAACACGAGUGUCCGUUCGGCGCACGCAGUGAUCCGCGGCGAGGAGGCAGCUGCGGUGGCGGAUGUGCUGCGGCGGUCGCUGGUGACGUCUGGCGUGUCGCUGCAGUCCCCGACGCUGCUGGCCGGCGGCGACGCGCUGGCGGGUCACCUGCCGGCGGAGGGUGACGUGUUUGUGGUGGGGCUUGCGGCUGUCGACGUCGCUGCGAUUGCGAAGCACGUGGCGUCACACGGCAGUGUGCGUGUGUUCGUUGCGUUCUCCGAGUUUGCGCUGCUGCACGCCGACUUCGUCGCUGCGUUCGAUGGCGGUGCGGGUGCCGACCGUGUUGUGUUCGCAACGAGCCUGCCGCACUGGAACGACGCGAACUCGACGUCAGAGACCGCCCAGGAGUUUAUCCGCACUGUGACCGACGCCACGCAACGGACGCCGCUGUCACUGAUGGGCUUCGCUAGCACGCAGCUGCUGCAGACUGUUCUCUCACGCAUGGACAAGGUGACUGCUGAGCUUCUGGCCGCAUUUUUUUACAGGAGCAUCACUGUCACCGUGAAGGACAUGCAGUACGGAUCCUUCGCUGACGGCACGGCGUGUGAUGCAGCUGACGGUGCUGUGUGCGCUAAGAACUACGGGGCGACGUAUAUUUCUGUGUGGUCGCUUGCCCGUGCGCUGGACCCUGCCGUGCCCGUGCUGUUCCCCGCCGUGACCCCGUCGAUGGAGUACGUGGAGCCCGCUGCGCAUGGACUGGUGACGGCACAGCUGGUCGGCAUCGCCAUUGCCGUGGUUUUCCUGGUUGCCAUCAUUGUGGUUGCUAUCAUUGUUGUGGUGCUGUGCUGCUGCCGCGACUCGCGUGACAACGCGAAUGCACCGAAGGAGCCGACAGACCCCGUGACACUCGUGUUCACUGACAUUGAGAGCAGCACGGCGCUCUGGGCUGCGUGUUCCGAGUUGAUGCCCGACGCCGUGGCGACGCACCACCAGCUGAUCCGCGCGCUGAUCGCGAAGUACGGCUGCUACGAGGUGAAGACGAUCGGCGACUCGUUCAUGAUAGCGUGCAAGAGUGUGUUUGCCGCCGUGCAGCUUGUGCGUGAGCUGCAGCAGGUGUUUCUGCAGCAGGCCUGGGGGACGAGUGUGCUCGACGACGCGUACCGCAAGUUCGAGGAGGGCCGGGCGGAGGAGGAUGUGGAGGGGUACGUGCCGCCGACUGCGCACCUCGACGCCGCCGUGUACCGGCAGUACUGGAGCGGUCUGCGGGUGCGUGUGGGGGUGCACACCGGGCUGUGUGACAUCCGGCGCGACGAGGUGACGAAGGGGUACGACUACUACGGCGACACGGCGAACAUGGCGGCGCGCACGGAGAGCGUGGGGAACGGCGGGCAGGUGCUGCUGACGCGUGCGGCGUACAUGGCUCUGAGCACGGCAGAGCGGGAGGAGGUGGAUGUGACUGCGCUUGGCACGGUGGCGCUGCGUGGGGUGCCGCAGCCUGUGGAGAUGUACCAGGUGGACGCCGUGCCCGGGCGCACCUUUGCGGCGCUGCGGCUGGACCGAGAGGCAGCGGAGCUUUAUGAUGGUUUAGAUGUUACGUUAAGCAGUGGAGAGGCUUCCGCGUCGAGUUCUUUAGGCGCUGUUGGGCACGCCAUUUUGUCUGUGCUGGUGCUGCUUUUUGGAGCCGUUGCGGUUUCGCAGCGGUUGAAGUUGCUGCGUCCUCUGUGCGAGCGUUGGAGAGUUGAUGUGCCGCGCGGGGUUGGGGCGGGCCAUGAGGUGGAGGCCUGCAGCGUGGCGAUGGAACGGCUGGCGGCAAGGAUGGGUCGCGUGAUGAAAAAUGCCUGCAAAGCUGCAGAUAAAGGAGGCUCCCACACAGGGAGUUCACCGAGAGUUUCACUGCUUGGAAAUGACUGUCUCGUGCAAUUGUUAAAUACAACUUAUAGGAGUGACAGCAGUUUCGGGGAGUGGCAGCCACGACACAUUGAGCGUCGAUCGUCGUUGUCUACAGCGGAGGAGGCGUGGUCGGCGACGGAUGGCUCGGAUGCCACCAUUCACAUUCGUCAGCUUGUGUAA